ACAUCGCAGCCAGCUGACUGACCACGUGACUUUGCGGAAGUAAAAAAUAUCAACAACAUGAGCAGACCUUGAGCCGUGUCUUGCGAAAAUGUUGCGCUGUCUGGCUUUGUUGUUCAUUUUUGGCUGCGUGAACAAAGUGUUGUGUUCAUACGGGGCUCAGUCGGAAUCCGCCGCCCCGCAGGGAGCAGCGGGCUGCGGCUGCGACAAGCUGAAGAGAACCGCUGCUGUGGACGGUGCGGUGGAGCAGACAGCAUCCUUACACACAGACGCAGCUGUUAAAUACUCCAGAGGCGCGAAUGAGAGGCUGUCUGAGGCUCAGGAAAAUGAGAGGGAAUUACAAAGUCAGAUGGUGCUGAUUUCUGGAGGAGAGUUCCUGAUGGGAACAGACAACCCAGGCAUCCCUCCAGAUGGCGAGGGUCCUCAGAGGCCGGUCCAUUUGGACUCCUUCUACAUGGACAUCCAGGAAGUAACUAACCGACAGUUCCAGAGGUUCGUCAAGGCCACAGACUACGUUACUGAGGCAGAGAAAUUUGGAGACUCAUUUGUUUUCGAGGGAAUUUUGAGUGAGACUGUCAAAAGCCAAAUCACCCAAGCAGUGGCUGCUGCCCCCUGGUGGCUGCCAGUCAAAGGGGCCAACUGGAGGCACCCUGAGGGUCCAGACUCCAACAUCACAGACAAGCUGGACCAUCCUGUUCUACAUGUGUCCUGGGCAGAUGCUGUCGCCUACUGCUCCUGGGCUAACAAGAGACUUCCUACAGAGGCUGAAUGGGAGUACGCCUGCAGGGGGGGCCUGAAAGACAGACUUUACCCCUGGGGAAACCGGUUGAACCCAAAAGGACAACACUAUGCCAACCUCUGGCAGGGGGAUUUCCCCAACCAUAACUCUGGGGAAGAUGGAUACAUUAAAACCUCACCGGUGAUGUCCUUUCCCGCCAAUGGUUUUGGUCUAUAUGACAUGGUGGGGAAUGCAUGGGAGUGGACCUCAGACUGGUGGACUGUGCAUCACACCACAGAGCAGCAAGACAACCCAAAAGGUCCUCCUUCAGGCACAGACAAGGUGAAGAAGGGAGGGUCAUACAUGUGCCACAAGUCAUACUGUUACAGGUACCGAUGUGCGGCCCGAAGCCAGAACACUCCAGACAGCUCAGCCUCUAAUCUUGGUUUUCGCUGUGUCUCUCAGGAGCAACAAUGACCUGACUUACUUGACUGAAACACAGGGUCCCUUAAAUCAGCUGCUCCCUAACCCAGUGUUGGAUGCAGAGUAAACCCAUGAAAGCAGUAUUUAAAUUUGAUGGAUGUUUUUUUAUGUGCCAGCGCAUUACCACGCAUCUGAAGAUGAUUCAAUAAAAGACAGAGGGCCUCACAUGG